AUGAAAGGAAAAUCAACAACUAAAACUUCAUCAUCCAAAAUCAAAGCAGAUAAAAUUAAACCACUUGCAACACCAAAACCUCCAACGACAGUACCGCCUCCUCCUUCAGUUAAUCCUUCAUCAUUCACUUUAUUAUAUCCAUUUCAAACAUUAAAGAGGCAAAAAGAUUUUAAAAAGGAUUUCAAGAUAUUAAAUAAACCAAUUGACCCGAAAAUUCAACCGUUAAAGGAAAAAUUUAGUCGCCCUUCAUUUGCACCAUAUCCAUAUUCAUACGAAAUCGAUCAUCUGGAAUAUUCAAAAGGAAAAGUUACUUAUUUAUUUGCCAUUAACAUUAACACUAGAUAUUUAUAUUGCAUUCCAGUGAAAGGGAAAACAGAACAGGAAACAAGAAGAGCUAUACAAUACUUACUAGAUCAUGAAAGAGUAGAUAAUAUAAGGGGUGAUGGUGAUAAAGGAUUUCAGGCAACUAUGACUCAUUAUUUCCCACAAAUUAAUUUUUUCUUUUCAUCCUCUCCAUAUACGUUUCAUAAUAAAAUAGUUGAUGCGGUAAUGAGAACUCUUAGAGAUGCGUUAGGGGUUAACGGUCAGAUAUACUGGGAUGGAAAUCAUGACUCCAUCAUACAACAGUUAGUAUAUUAUUAUAAUAAUACAUGGCAUAGAACUAUAAACAUGAAACCAGUGGAAAUGAAAAAUGAUAUUUCAAAAGAAUGGGAAUAUAUUAGAAAGCAAAUGGAAAGGUUGAAUGAUGUUAAACGUGAACAAAUUAAUUCGGGGCUCAUGAAUUUUAAACAAGGGGAUAAAGUUUUGAUUCAUCUCGAUUAUGGAAAAACUGAUAAAUCAAUGACAAAAAGAAGACGAAGAUUUGACACAAUAGCUGAAUUUGUUAGAUAUAUUAACGGCAAUGCAUUAGUUGAAGUUGACAAUAAAUUAAUAGAAAUUCCGAUUUAUUUUAUUACUCCAUUAUAUUUAAAUAAUAUUUAA